ACGUGCAAGCAGUCAUGAGUAUUCCCAAGUAAAGAUAGACGGUUUCCUGCUCCAUUCAAAACAAGAACCCUCCGCAGCUCAGAGCCGGUUGAGGUAACGAUGCUCCUGAGAAGCUUAUGGCUGGCCCUCCUCAUCCCGGCCGUGGUGGAGGCUCAGUAUGAGAAGUACAGCUUUAAAAGUUUCCCCCAGAAAGACCUCAUGCCGCUGGACUCUUCUUACAGCUACGCGAUGGAGCAGUACGCGGCGGAGAACUGGGCGGAGAGCAUCAAGUUCAUGGAGCUCAGCCUGCGUCUCCACCGGCUGCUGCGGGACAGCGAGGCUUUCUGUAGCCGCAACUGCAGCUCCGUCAGCCGGGACAACACCACUCUGUUCUCCGACAGCAGCCUCCGCGUCGUGCGCCACAUCCUACUGAGAGCUGCGUGCCUUAAAACGUGCAAGGCGGAUUUCCCUGUGUUUAACCUCACGUAUCCACACAGGGAUCUACUGGAGACGUUCGAGAAGAGGGUCCCGUAUCGGUACAUACAGUAUGCACACUUCCAGCUUAACAACAUGGAGAAGGCCGUGUCAGCGGCUCACACCUUCCUGAAGAAGAACCCGACGGAUCCCCAUUUGACGAAGAACAUGAAGUACUACAAGACUCUGUUUGAUGUGGAAAAAUAUCUAAUCGACCUCGAGGAGCAGCCGUAUGAAAGUGUUUUCCUGAAGAGUGUGACGCUUUACAACAAUGGAGACUUCAGCAACAGUGCCCGAAACAUGGAGCAGGCCAUCACACACUACUUUGAAAUAUACAGUCUCUGCUUGGCAGGCUGCGAGGGCUCAUAUGAGAUCCUAGAGUUCAAAGACUUCUAUCCCACCCUGGCAGAUCUCUACACAGAUGCGUUGAAAUGUAAGGUGAAGUGUCACCAGAACCUGACACCCAACGUUGGAGGCUUCUUUGUGGAGAAGUUUGUAGCCACCAUGUAUCACUACCUCCAGUUUUCCUAUUAUAAAUUGAACGAUGUAAAGAGUGCUGCCCCGUGUGCGGCCAGCUACAUGCUGUUUGACCGCAAAGACCAGGUGAUGCAGCAAAACAUAGCGUACUACCGCUUCUACCGGGAGCAGUGGGGACUCGAGGAAGUGGACUUUCAGCCUCGGCCCGAGGCUCUGAGGUACUUUAACGAGACAACCAAGCAGAAAGAGAUGCUGGAGUUUGCACUGAACUACCUUCAAACUGAGGAUGAGGACGUGGUAGGUCCAGAAGAAACGGCCUCCUCUCGGACAGAGCAUUCUGACACCGAGUUUGAGGGAAUGGGAGACUACGAGGAGUCCUUCCUGGCUGAAUGGUGGCAAGAACCCCAAACGAAGUGGGACGCUGGAAAGGUCGCAGACUGACAUCUGUCCUCGUCUCCUGAGCAGAGAGCUUCCUCGUCCGGCUCUGUUCCACUUCUCCCGACAACGUACCAAAGAGUGUUGACCCUCCCUACAGACACCGACAUUCCCAACAGUAUUUAGCAGAAAGAUAACAAAUCAUCAGCAAAAGGACGUAUCCCGUCAUGUUGAUCAAGAUCAGAGAUCGACAUAUUCAGUUUUGGCUGUCAUCAGCCUUUUAAAACCUUUGUGUGUAUUGUCAGUCAUGCCAAUACUGGUCACUGCCUUUUUCUACAGUUUUUAUUUAAUGACAGCUGAAUGCCUCUGUGCCGUGUUAUAAGGAAGGUGACAUGUAGCUUUUAUUAUGUUGACCGAUUUGUCAAUGACAAAUUGGGUGGUUGAUGUAAUAAUUUGCUCAUAAUUAAAAGUAAUAUUUUAAUAUA